AUGUUAUCCAGCAAAUUUAACACAAGUCAUCGUUCUAUGAUUAAACGACAACUUUUCAGAAUCAAUUUUGGUGGUCUUGAAAAAAAUCCUCAAAUCAGUCGGACUGACAACAAGGUCACUUAUGGUAACGAAGCAAGUCCAGAACAACAAACAACAUUACUUCGUAAAGCUGGUGAUCAGGCUGGAAGAAUUUUAGAAGGUGGGGCAGAUGUCGUGAUUGCUCCUGCCAAAUGCCUUG